AUGAAUAGUAGUACUAAUUUACUUAGGGAUAUUUCUACACAUCCAUCAGAAAUAACACAACAACAAGAAUAUAAUUAUCAUACAUCAUCAAAUACUAUUCAUUCUAUGAAUAAUCAUAAACAUAUUCAUCAUGAUAUAACACCAAUAGAUAUACCAUUAGAUGAUUUAAAUAUUAAUACUACUACUAUUAGUACUACUACUUCUACAAGUCCUAAUGAAAUAAUAGAUAACAAUAAUAAUAAUAAUAAUAUAACAAUUAAUACAAUUAAUCAUCAACAACAAAAACAACAACAAGCAACAACAACAAUAAUAAUUCAUCAUCAUUAUCAUCAUUAUGAUAAAAAACAAGAACAAGAACCAAUUAAAUCCAAUGUAACAACAUAUCCACCAUUAUAUUUAACACCAACUAUGGUAAUGGAUAAAAUGAAAAUGGAAGGUAUUAGAAAAUCUAAAUUAACAUUUGAUCAAAUGAUUAUUUUAUCUUUAUUUGCUGGUAUAUUUAAAGGUGUUGGUUGUACAAUGUCUUUAUUAACUGCUGGUAAUUCUGAAUUAUUAGAAAAACAAAUACCUGGUUUACAAAAAUUCUUUUUUGGUGGUAUGUUUUUAAUUAAUUUAAUAAUUUUUAAUUUAAUUUAA